GACGCUCACUUCCGUUUCCGCGCUGCGCCAUUUCGAUGUACAGCGAGGAGAAGAGGAGGCUCACAUCGUGUCCAAGUGGAUUUUGUGGAUUUACAUUGAAGAAACGACGGGAUACUUGCCGCCAAUCGGGCGUUAAUAACAUGGAAUUUAAUCGUGGACGAUGAAGUUCCCUUUUCAUCCCCCAACCGUGGAUUUAUGAGAGAAUUCCCCCAUCUUGUUUGUGUCGUCGUUGGUUUAGCAUUGUCAGGGUAUUAGCCUAGCCGUUAGCUUUUGUUCGGACCGUGUGUCCCCUAAGCUGUGCCUGACUGUUUGUCCUUUGUCGUCUAAGACGCCACAUUGUAUUCGGAUAGACUUUUGUGAUUUGCGUAUUGUUUGGGUUAUGUGCGUUGCGUAUGGACUUUGAAUGAUCGUGCUUGGCUUUACGUAAGAACUGUGUCCAAAGGCGAACAUUUUCGUAUAGACUGUGGAAAGUCCCGGCCUGCUGCUAGCCGCGCCAGUGCUUUAAAGCACGCCGUGUCGGGGCAGUCUGCAGGGACUUUUAUUGCGGACCUUCUACUCGGCGCUACAUUUGUGUUUGCUCCAUGGACGUUUUUGGAUUUGGGCUCUUUCAUACUAUGGGACUGUAAAGACUUUGGGAGCACAGGUGCCUCUGAUGGCGCACCGGCCUCUCACGUCGACCCCUCUCCCUUGUUUUACUAAAGACUCUGUGAGAUUCACCUUUUUACAUUUAGACAUUUCUGUCUAGUGGUUACUAAGAAGGGUUAUAACAUUAAACUAUUUUCCUUUUGUGUUCAGUACUCACCCUGGUUUAUUUUAUUAUCAAAGCAGCCCUGUGUUUCCCUUGUUCUUCCCUGAGUAGGUACAAGUGCGUCACAUCCUCAGAAUGUCGUGUGUUCAUUAUAAAUUCUCUUCCAAACUGGACUACAACACGGUCACCUUCGAUGGGCUUCACAUCACCCUCAGUGAACUCAAGAGGCAGAUUAUGGUCCGUGAGAAGCUCAAGGCCACAGACUGCGACCUGCAGAUCACCAACGCGCAGACGCGAGAAGAAUACACAGAUGAAGAAGCCCACAUACCAAAACAUUCUUCUGUCAUCGUUCGGAGGACUCCUAUUGGUGGAGUAAAGCCAGCUGGCAGGACGUUCAUUGUGGAGCGUUCUGACACAGCAGUGGUUGGAUCAACUAGACCCACGGAUUCUUCUCCUCAAUUGACCCUUGCACAACUUUCCAAGACUGCAAACCUGGUUGACGCAAAUGCAUCAGAAGAAGACAAGAUUAAAGCCAUGAUGACUCAGUCUAAUCAUGAAUAUGACCCAAUACAUUACUCAAAGAAGGCACUUGGGCCUCCACCUGCACAUUACACUUGUUUUCGCUGUGGAAAGACAGGCCACUACAAUCGCCAAUGCCCUAUGAUUUCGGUCCAAGAUAAGAAUGUGGAGCUCCCCAAACCAGUCCGGACCAGUAAAGGCAUUCCUCAGAGCUUCAUGGUCAAGGCAGAACCAGGGGCAAAAGGAGCCAUGCUAACCAGUACUGGGGAAUAUGCAAUACCUGCUAUCGAUGCGGAGGCGUACGCACAAGGCAAGAAAGAGCGACCUCCGUUUGUUCCACAUGAUCAGUCGUCUUCUGAGGAUGAUACAGACCCCAUCCCAGAUGAACUGCUUUGUCCCAUCUGCAACGACCUCAUGACUGAUGCAGUGGUUAUACCCUGCUGUGGAAACAGCUACUGUGAUGACUGUAUCAGAACUGCGCUGCUAGACUCAGAAGAGCAUAUCUGCUACUCUUGCAAGCAGUCUGAUGUUUCUCCUGAUAACCUGAUUGCAAACAAGUUUCUCCGACAGGCUGUGAAUAACUUCAAAAAUGAGACCGGCUACACUAAACGCAUACGCAAGCCAGUGCAGCACUCUGCUCCACCCCCACCUCGUCUUCAGCUGCUCCGGUCUCUGCGCUCCAGACAGCAAGACCCUCUGAUGCCCCAACCACCUGCACAGCCUCCAGUACUGCCCCCUGCGGUCAGUGCUCCAGCGACAGUCCCUGAAACUCCGAGUGCACCCCCUGUGCUUGCUGCUGCUGCUGCUGCUACUGCUACUACAACAGCUACAGCUACAGCUACAGUCACCACAGCUCCCACAUCUGUCCCAACUCCACCACAUGCAUCAUCUACUGAAGCUCCAGAGGCUGUCCAUUCUCCAGCCCCUGUAAUAGAUCACCACUCACCUAUGCACACGCCAAGCCAUGGAGAACCACCUCCUCCUGGGGAGUCAGAGCCGGAUCCAGUCGUGCGAAAACCUGAACCCGCAGGACACCCUGAAAAUGCUGCACAGCAUGAUACUGCCGGCAGCCAUUUAACGGUUAUUGGCCACCCUCCUCCCCCUCACAGGUCUUCACAUCCAUCAGGACACUCAAGGCCCCAACAUCCACACCGAGGAGGAAAUAGAUCAUGGGACAGGUCUUACCGGAGCAGGGAGCAUAACUCUGGCCAUGUCCAAACAGUCCCCCCUCCUGCUCCUGUGGUGCCCGUGUAUGCCCCAGCCCUGUUCCCCCCUCCACCACAGGCCUACCCCCCUCCCUACACCCCUGGGCCUGGUCUGAUUCCUCCCCCUACCCUGGGUUACCAGCCCCCCCCAGUCUAUGUCCCACCCCCUCCGGGCUUAAACCCUGCCUGGUUACCUCCAGGGGCUCAACCUCCUCUAAUGCCCAUGCCACCCUCCCUCCCCCAGCCCCCACUAUCUAAAGAGGAUUUCUACAGACAGCGCCACCAUCGCCAAGACAAAGUUACCUCCAAAUUGGAUGAGUUUACUAAAGACUUCCAUAAAGAGCUUAUGAAGUACAGAGGUGCACCUAAGAGACCCAGACGAUCCUACUCCAGGUCUCGCUCGUACAGCCGGUCUCCUUUCAGUCGCUCACCAUACAGCCGCUCCAGGUCCCGCUCCCGCUCCUUCUCAUACUCUCCCAGCCGCUCGCGGUCACGCUCCCCCUCGCACGGACACUCUUAUUCCAAACGCAACGGGCGCAGCUAUGGACGCUCCAGGUCACGCUCCAGGUCUAGGUCCUAUGGGUACAGACGCUCGGGAUCCCCUCGCACCCCUCCCUCAUACAGAGGCGGGGGCUGGGACACUGCUGAACAUAGUGGGCCUUAUCGAUCACACUCACGCUCUCCGGGGGGCUACAGAGGCCAUAGCCCGGGAGCACGCAAACAUCAUCACAGAGACAUGCCACCCUAUGACAUGAAAGGAGCCAGUCCUGGUGACCACUGGGACAGUCAGAGCUACAGGCAGUGGGAGAAAGACUAUCAUGACUGGUAUGGUAAAUACUAUAAGGAGUACAAGGAGUAUGACGAACAUUCACCGAGGCACCACAGAGGAAGAGGUAGUAGGGACAGAGACAGGGACAGAGAUCGGAUGUCUCCUUUACCUCGAGAUUACUCCCCACAUGCAAAAGUGCGGAAAGGUACACACCAUACCGCCUCAUCCACUACAGGAAUCAAGUCUAGCAAAGUUGUAAAAGUAAAAAAAAUCAAAAGGAAGCGGACGGGGGAGGAAGCUGAAAUGGCUGAUCAGGCUGUUGACAGAGGAGACGCAACACCUGUCCGCGAUGAGCCCAUGGAUGACCUGUCCAUCACUAAAACUACGUCUAUGUCUUCAAAAUCUGCUACUAUCACAACUAAAGCCUCUUCUAAAAGCCCUGCUGUCUCAGGAAAAGCCCCAUCCAGAUCACUAGUAAAAACAGACAAAACCAAAAAAGAGAAGGUCAUUAAGGCUAAAGCCAAAGUCAAACCAGAUGGUACUAAAGUGAAAAAGAAGCCAGGUGAAGGUGUUGUCAAAAAGAAAGAACCAUCAACAACAACAGGAAAAACAUUAAAGGCUAAGCUCAGAACUGACGAUGGUGCUCAUCCACCUACAUCAAAAAAGGACAAGGCAAGAAGUACCAUUUCAAAGCAAGUGCUGUCCAAAACCCCACCUCAGUCUUUACAAGACCAAACUGCAAAUGACAGUUAUCUACAUGAAAGCCAUAGAAUGAGCCACGAUGUUCAUAAUAGAAGAGAGAUGCCCCAAAGAGAAGGUGUGCUCCCAUACCCAAUCCACCACAGACCCCCGUCCCCCAUGGAGAGGGGCAGGAGGGUGGUGGAGGAGAGCCACUCCUUGCUUGGACCACCUCCAGGGAAGCUGAGGCGUAUAGAAGGACCAGGACUGAGCAGAGAGCUUCCCCCGCACUCACAUGUGUCCCAUCAGCCUGCGCUGCAGCGAGUUGUCUCCCCCUCAGAUAGACCUCUGUCUGUCACUGUGAGCCGCGAGUCCACUCGGGAGGAGAGGGAGCGAGGCCAUAGGCCCUUUAUGGACCUCAAGAUUCAAGUGAAUCCCACCCGGAGGAUUAAGUUGAACAGAGAAGUGACGAGAAGAGGUAGCGCUGACGCUCUCCCCUCUGGCCCAGAAAAAAGCACCUUCUCUAGUGUUCCACCAUCAGGAGACAGACACAGCCCAGAGCCCAGCCUGCGGAGAGAGGCAUCUCCUUCAGUUGAAAGAAGACCUGGGUAUGGCAGUGCGGGGGACAUGGGUUCAGAGAGGGGUCGUGACAGAGGACCUGGCCUGGAACGAGACAGAGACCGGGGAUACGUCAGGGACAGGAGCAGACAGAGAGUCACCCAGAGGGAGGCUGAGGAACCACGCCCUACAAGGAGUGAACACAAGAGUGACCAGAAGAUUGACCAAAAGAACUCUGGUGGAGGGAGGUCUGUCUCUUUGGACAAAAUGACCAUUGCAGAGAAGUUGGCCAAGAGACAGUCAGACCAUCAGGAUAAGCCUAAUGCGGUGCACAAGGACAGGGAGCACAAGUCAGACAGGAGUGUUUCCAAGGACAGAACAGACAGAACAGUGUCCUCGGGAGAGAAGCCAGCUGCUGCUCAAAGAGAAGCUAAGGACAGCCAGGAGCCUCCUGCUAAGACUAGACCCAGAAUCAGCCGCAAGGUCCUCACCUUGCACGGCGGGACUUCUUCUAGGUCAUUACAAGAGUCCAAACGCAACACAGAUAGACAACAGAAACAUACAUCAUCCAAACCUGUGGAGCAGCAGCCCUCUGAGGAGCAGCAGGAGCACAGCAUCAGUGCUAGCCCCACAUCUAGCCCAUCCCAAGUGGAAAAGCCCCUCAUCCAACCCCCUCCUCGCUCCAAGUGGGAAGAUGACGAGGAGAGUCAGGACAAUGAACCAAACACUCCCCUUGAACCGUCACCAGAGUCCCAGAGGAGCACAGAAAGGGAGGCCCAACUCAAAGCUCCUAAACCAGCCAAGGCUAAAGAUGACAAGAAGUCAAGACCAAAAAAAGAGGAGGGGAAAGGGCUAAAGAACACUGAGAAAACUGCUAAAUCUAAAGUUGUUAGAGAAGAGGCGAAAGGGGCUAAGGACGAAGCUCGGGUGGUGAGAGAAGAGAGCGCUGUUGAAAACAAACGUGGCGGGUCAGAACCCAGAGCACCGGAGCCCAGAAGACAGCGCUUAUGUUCAGACCUGGCCCGGGAAACUGACGAGGCCGCAUUUGUUCCAGACUACAGCGAGGGGGAGGGGUCUGAAGCAGAGAGGGGGCGGAGCUGCAGUCCCAGCCAAUCCCUCAGCCAGCCCUCAAGAAGCCCCUCCCCAAACAACAAUGAGGACAUCACUGGUGGAGACAAGAAGAAAAAGAAACAUAAAAAGCAAAAGAAACGCAAGAAGCACAAGGAGAAGGAGAAGGAAAAGGAAAAGGACAAGGAGCACAAGCACAAACACAAGAAGAAGAAACGUAAGAAGAGCAAGGACCAGGAAAUGAACGACAAACAGGAGAGAGACCAGGACCAAGAGGAUGAGGAGGAGGCUGAAGCAGUGGCCGAGCAGGGACAAUAAUUAGUCUCUCUACUGUCUAGUCCACAGAAGGGGGAAAACAAAGGUCUGGGUGUCCCGUACUUGUGUUUGAUGAGCACUGCUGGCCUGAUUGGUUCACGUUUUACUGCUCAGUCACAGCUUCCCUCUCUCCCAUCAUUGCAUCAUGUGCAGCAGUUGCUUGUUGAUGAUCAAUGGACAUUAAUUGAUAAUUACCCGUUAUGUGAUGAGAGAACAUCUCAGGGAUUGUGUCAUUUUCAAGGAGAGGUUCUUUUUUUGGUUUUGUUGGAAUUCAUUUGUAAAUAAAGAGAAAUGUUUCUGUU